ACACUAAGGAAUUGUUAUAUAAUGUUUAUUCCCAUUGACGUAGUUCUUUUCUUUUUGUCUAUAUAACGACAACAACAACUAGUCUGUCUUAUCGAAUGUUAUUCUGUUGAAAGGAACUCACUCACGGUCUUUAGAAAAAUAAUUUUAUUUUUUUAAUAUAUUCUCUUGCUACUACUUUCUCGUUAAUUAGAAUACAGAAGUAGAUGAAAAGAAAAAAAGGUAAAACAAAGAGCUAGAGAAAAUCAAAAAGCUAAAAGAAAAGUAAUUCUCUCCUAUUUCUCAAUGGAGAUAGCCAGUUGACGUCAACACAAUAAGAAAAAAAAGAAAAAGAAGUAGACAGGCAUAAGAAAUUCUAUUUUUUCAAUAUCAUAUUAAAAAGUGUUAUAGAGUGAACAACAAGAAAAAAACAUUAAUAUGAGUGUUACAAACAAAACAAUGCCAACAUCUUAUUCGAAUCCAACUUUUGAUGAAGAACCAGUUGGUAUUAAAAACAGUAAUGGAACAAGUCCAAUGGGUUCAAAUAUUUUUAUUGUUAAACCAGAUGAUAAAAAUACAAAUCGAACACAUUCAGAACCAUAUCGACAUGAUCCAAUUACAAAGAAAAAUAUUGGUCGAAUUAUUCUUCGUGGCAUUCGUUCUCUUUGGGCAACACGACAAACAGAAAAAGAUCUUCGAAAAAACAAAGAUUUAUAUAUAAAAACAACAAUACGAGAACUUAUUCUCUAUUUAAUAUUCGUUACUAUUUUAUGCAUCAUUACAUUUGGUAUGACAUCAACAAAAACAUAUUAUUUUACAACAGUUUUACGUACAGUUUUUACUGAACGAAAAGUUGAAGGUAUUGGUGAUCAACCAGCAUUUGAUGAUAUUGCAAAUUUUGAUGAUUUUUGGAAUGUUAUGAGUGGACCUAUUCUUAAUGGUUUAUUUGAUCAAAAAUGGUAUAAUGGAGAAAAUUUAACUGACGAUCAAUAUGGUUAUGUUUUAUUUGAAAAUAAAAUUCUUGGUUUACCACGACUUCGACAACUUCGAGUAACAAAUCAUUCAUGUACUGUUCAUCAAAAAUUUCAAAAAUCUAUACGUGAAUGUUAUGGAACAUAUGGUACUAGUAGAGAAAAUCGAAGUUCUUAUGUACCUGAAAAUGAUACUAUAACACCAAAUGCAUGGCAUUAUCAAACAUCAAGUCAAUUAAAAGGUUCAACAACAACUGGAUUAAUAUCUCGAUAUGGUGGUGGUGGUUUUGUACAAGAUUUAACACCAAAUUAUAAUGAUGCUAAAGAUCAAUUAGAUGAUUUAAAUGCAAAUUUAUGGAUUGAUCGUGGUACACGUGUUGUAUUUUUAGAUUUUACAGUAUAUAAUGCAAAUAUUAAUUUAUUUUGUCAAAUUAAAUUAACUAUUGAAUUUCCAGCAUCAGGUGGUGCUGUACCAUCAAAAUCAUUUUCAACAGUUAAAUUAAUUCGUUAUGUUUCAUCAAUGGAUUAUUUUGUAUUAGCAUGUGAAAUAUUAUUUACAAUUUUUACAGUUUAUUAUACAGUUGAAGAAGUUCUUGAAAUUAGACAUUUUAAAUUACAUUAUUUUAAAACAAUUUGGAAUGUACUUGAUGUAUUAAUUAUAAUAAUAUCAUAUAUUUGUAUUGGAUUUAAUGUCUAUCGUCAAAUUAAAGUUGGACAAAUUCUUGAUGAAUUAUUAAAAAAUCAAAAUAGUUUUGCUGAUUUUGAAUUUCUUACUUAUUGGCAAAUACAAUUUAAUAAUAUUGUUGCAUUUGCUGUUUUUCUUGCAUGGAUUAAAAUUUUUAAAUAUGUAUCAUUCAAUAAAACAAUGACACAAUUAUCGACAACAUUAUCACGUUGUGCAAAAGAUGUACUUGGUUUUAGUGUUAUGUUUAUGAUUGUCUUUUUAGCAUAUGCACAAUUGGGUUAUUUAUUAUUUGGUACAAUGGUUGAUGAUUAUAAAACAUUUGCAAUUUCAAUCUUUACUUUAUUUCGUAUUAUUUUGGGUGAUUUUGAUUUUAAUGCAAUUUUAAGUGCUCAUCGUAUUCUUGGUCCAAUAUUCUUUUUAACAUAUGUAUUUUUCGUAUUCUUUGUAUUAUUGAAUAUGUUUUUAGCUAUUAUUAAUGAUACAUAUUCUGAAGUUAAAAGUGAUAUGACAACACAAAAAUCUGAAUUUGAAUUAGGUGAUUAUUUUAAAAAAUCAUAUGAAAGAAUGCUUGAUCGAUUAAAUGUUAAACGAGAUCGUAUUAUUGAUAUACAAAAUGCUUUAAAAAGUGCUGAUGUAAAUAAAGAUGGUGUCAUUGAAUUUGAUGAAUGGCGUCGAAAUUUAAAAGCUCGUGGUUAUACAGAUGUUGAAAUUGAAAAUGUUUUUUCACGUUAUGAUACUGAUGGUGAUCGUGUACUUCGUGAUAAUGAACAACGUCGUUUUAAAGCUGAUUUAGCUGCACAAGAAAAUAAUUUAGAUAUGGAUAUUAAAGAUUUAAAUGAUACACAUGUUGUUCAGUAA